CCAGCAAUUCCAAAACCAAACACGCCCCCAGUAUCUCUUUUCUCCAUUCUCCACUUUCCCUCUCAUUUCCCUCCUCUUCCCAUAAUAACAAUCUCGAUCGGCGAAGCCUUCCUAGCUAUAUUAUGUAUAUAUAUACGCCUCAAAAAUUCCAUAACCAAGCACUUCGGAAGUUCAAACCUUCUCCGUCAUCCUUCUCUCUUUCUCCCCAUCAUCGCUCUCUCUUUAUCCUUCCAGUUCACCUUUUCCUUCAGAAGAUUUCAGAACAGUCCAUCUUCCAUGGACACUAAGAUUGGAGCUAUCGACGCGUGUAAACCCGCCAGAAGCGACGUUGGUGGCCCACCAAACGGCACCGUAUCCACCAUUCACAGCUCUGUUGCUCCCUCUGCCAUCUGCUCCUCAGAGGCCACUCUAGGUCGCCACUUGGCUCGCCGGCUCGUUCAGAUUGGCGUCACCGACGUCUUCUCCGUCCCCGGCGACUUCAACCUCACCCUUCUCGACCAUCUGAUCGCUGAGCCGGGGCUCAACCUCAUCGGCUGCUGUAACGAGCUCAACGCCGGCUACGCGGCUGACGGCUACGCUCGCGCCCGUGGCGUCGGUGCGUGCGUCGUCACCUUCACUGUCGGCGGGCUCAGUGUUCUCAACGCCAUUGCCGGUGCCUACAGUGAGAAUUUGCCUCUCAUUUGCAUCGUCGGCGGUCCCAACUCCAACGACUAUGGCACCAACCGGAUCCUCCAUCACACCAUCGGGUUGCCCGAUUUCAGCCAAGAGCUCAGCUGCUUCCAGACUGUCACAUGCUACCAGGCUGUGGUGAACAACUUGGAGGACGCUCAUGAAUUGAUUGACACGGCUAUCUCAACCUCCCUGAAAGAAAGCAAGCCUGUGUACAUAAGCAUAGGUUGUAACUUGCCUGCGAUUCCUCACCCCACUUUCAGUCGUGAACCUGUUCCUUUUUCACUAUCUCCAAGAUUGAGUAAUCAGAUGGGGUUGGAAGCAGCUGUGGAGGCUGCUGCUGAAUUCCUCAACAAGGCUGUAAAACCAGUUCUUGUGGGUGGGCCUAAACUGCGAGUGGCAAAGGCAAGCCAAGCCUUCGUUGAACUAGCCGAUGCUUCUGGUUAUGCACUCGCGGUGAUGCCAUCAGCUAAAGGACUAGUGCCAGAGCACCAUCCCCACUUCAUUGGAACUUACUGGGGUGCUGUGAGUACAGCUUUCUGUGCCGAGAUUGUGGAGUCUGCUGAUGCAUACUUGUUUGCUGGACCCAUCUUCAAUGACUACAGCUCUGUUGGGUAUUCACAUCUUCUCAAGAAAGAUAAGGCAAUCAUCGUCCAGCCCGAACGAGUUGUAAUUGGAAAUGGCCCAGCAUUUGGGUGUGUGCUGAUGAAAGAUUUUCUUGGGGCGCUGGCUAAGCGACUCAGGCAUAAUGAAACUGCUUAUGAGAACUACCACAGGAUUUAUGUACCUGACGGGCAACCAUUGAAGUCUGCACCUAAAGAACCUUUGAGGGUUAAUGUUCUGUUCCAGCACAUACAAAAGAUGCUGUCCGGUGAAUCUGCUGUAAUUGCUGAGACAGGGGAUUCAUGGUUCAACUGCCAGAAGCUGAAGCUGCCAAAGGGUUGUGGGUAUGAGUUCCAAAUGCAAUAUUGAUCAAUUGGUUGGUCUGUUGGUGCAACCCUUGGUUACGCACAGGCUGUGCCUGAGAAGCGAGUGAUUGCUUGCAUAGGCGAUGGAAGUUUCCAGGUGACUGCUCAGGAUGUAUCAACAAUGCUACGAUGUGGGCAGAAGAGCAUAAUCUUUCUGGUAAACAAUGGUGGAUACACCAUUGAAGUUGAAAUCCAUGACGGGCCAUACAACGUGAUCAAGAACUGGAAUUACACUGGUUUGAUCGAUGCAAUCCACAACGGUGAAGGCAAAUGCUGGACCGCCAAGGUGUUCUGUGAAGAGGAGCUGAUUGAAGCAAUUGAAACAGCAACAGGACCUAAGAAGGAUUGCUUAUGCUUUAUUGAAGUGAUAGUUCACAAAGACGAUACGAGCAAAGAGUUGCUUGAAUGGGGCUCCAGGGUCUGUGCUGCUAAUAGUCGUCCUCCUAAUCCUCAGUAAUUCUGCCGCUUAACACACUGCAGGAAAAGAUCCUUCGCUGCCUUGUAACGCGGCUGCACCGUAUUUUCUUGUUUAAAGGGGUUUGCUAAUGCAUUUGAACAUGAGUUCCUAUCCUACGGUCUUUGUACAUUGGCUCGCAUUAAAUUUAAUUUUUACCAACUCUUUUUGGGAUU